ACACUUAUUCGCUCCUCCUUCUCUUCAUCGCCCUUAUAUACACCUUGGCAGCUUAUGAGCUCUCAGUAAGCUGCUGCUUAUCAUAUAAUAUAUAAUAGAAAUCGUUUUGGGAAGGGUACAUUCUUUCUUUCUUCUACGAAUAUAUAUAUAUAUAAAUUUGCAGAAAGAAAUCAAGGGAAUAAUGGUGGGUUUUGGAAGGAUGAAGAAAGUGACAGACCCGCUUGAUGAUAGGGUUAAGGCCCGGAUUGUGGGUCGUGAUCCGGGUGAACCCGGUUAUUUUAGCAGUGGGAGCGAGCAUAGUGGUGAUGGUUAUGGUGAGGAAUCCUCGCCGAGUUUUUCGGAUCUUCUGUUUAGUUUCGCUGACGUGGAUGGGGGCGAUGGGUUGCCGGAGAGCGGGUCGGAUGAGGAGGGGGAUUUGGAGACGGGUCAGGCGGUUGAGGAUGCGGUUGGGGCGAUGAUGAUGAGUAACGACUCGGAUUUGUUCCGUCAGGUUCUCGCCGUUAACGUUUCGAAGGCGGUUGAAAUGUACGCGUGUUUGAAUUCGAGCAAGCAGAUUCUGCGGCGGCGCGUGAUGGGGUUUCUGAGGGGGUUAGGGUACAAUGCGGCGGUUUGCAAGACGAAAUGGGAGGGUUCCGGCGGGUUAACCGCCGGAAACCACGAGUUCAUCGACGUUAUCCGCCCCGACGCCGCCCGAUACCUAAUCGACCUCGAUUUCGCGGCGGAGUUCCAGAUCGCCCGACCUACAAAGCACUACGAGCGCCUCGUGCAGUCAAUGCCGAGAAUCUUCGUCGGAAAAUCCGAACAGUUAAAGCAGAUUCUCAAGGCCGUUAGCGACGGCGCGAGGCGGUCGUUGAAGAGCCGAGGGCUCCAUAUUCCUCCCUGGAGAAAACACCGUUUCAUGCUAAACAAAUGGGUCGGAUCUUACAAACGGACCACAAAUCCCCUCCCCUCCGGCAACCCGCCGCCGCUCCUCCCACCGUCAUUAGGUAUCAAGUGCCGAUCCAUCGGCUUCGACGCCGCCGUUAACGGCCGUCUACUCUACCCCGCGGUAACCCGUACAAGAUAACGCCCUCACGGCCAGAUGUCUCAAUUAAAAUUUUUUAUUAUUAACGCCGUCGCUUUGUGCCCUCCGAUCGUUAAAAUUUUUUCCAUGUAAAUAUAUUUACUACAAGCGUUAUCCAGUUUCGAUGUACGCGGCAAAUGCACGUUGUCCCUCAAACACCCGUGAUUUUAUAACCGUGGAUCGUUAUUGGCAUCUAAAAUCUAACGGCCGUCAGUUACCAACAACACGACCACAUGAAGUACAUUAAAAUUAUCGAACCUCAAAACAAUUAUUAAAUCGUAACGAAAAACCUAAACGCCACUUUCAAUGGUGAAACGUUGCAGCGGGGAGAAACAGUCCAAUUGUGGGGCGAGGAAUCGGUUCCACUUUGUGUUUGUCCCCAGAAGAAGAUAAGAGAUUAGGGGUGACGCGGCGAUCAGUGAUGUGACGUUUAAUAAAAUAUAAA